AUGAACAAUAAAAUAAUUAUCUUCCUCUACGGCUCUACUGCCGAAGACGAGUCUUACCGGCCUCACCGUUGUUCAGACCCUUCAGCGCCUUUCGUCUUUUUCUUUCUUUUUUGGCUCACAAACCGAACAGAAAAAUUAUUUUACCGAACCCUCAAAAAUCCUCAUAGCAGUUUAUUGCAAAAUCAUUGCCCUGUAGCUUUUUCAAUUUCUGUCUGCUACCCUGUUAAUCAUUCUUGUUACCUUCCCUUCUCUGAGCUUUCGGAGGAUGUUCGCGAGAUGACGAACGAAGGAAGUAAUACUGAGACGUUAGCUCCUGGGGAGCCCAAUUUAUUCGAGGUGCAAUUGGCCAACCGAGAUCAUCAGGAACUGUAG